CUCCGGCGUAGAAGUACUAGUUCAGUUGGUGUUUGUUUUUGUAUAUUUUCUUUAGUAUUUAUUCUUAGGAAGAGUCAUUAAUUUAAUGUUUUCGGUUGUUUUAUGCACCGGUCGAAGUACUAUUCCGAGUCGUUGCCAAACUCCGUUAUUUAAUUUGUUGUCAGAAGGUGUACAAGGUGACAAGUGUGUUGAGCCCUGACUGACUGACUGACUGACGCGGUUUCGCCGCUUUCUCUCAGUGUCACUCAGUCAGUGGUGUUAACUUUCAGCGGGGAUCGAUCGUUUCGUUGGUAACGCUUCCACUUGUAAAUGAACUGAGUUUUAGAGACGCCGCUGCACACACAGUAUCAUCAAUGGGGAGUAACUGUAGAAUAGAAUGCAUCUUUUUCAGCGAGUUUCACCCAACGCUGGGUCCAAAGAUUACAUUCCAGGUUCCCGAAGAAUAUAUUUCCAGAGAAUUGUUUGACACAGUACAGGUUUACAUUAUUACAAAGCCUGAACUGCAAAACAAGCUCAUUACAGUCACGACGAUGGACAAGAAGCUCAUCGGCUGCCCCGUGUGCAUCGAGCACAAGAAAUACAGCCGCAACGCCCUGCUCUUCAACCUGGGCUUUGUGUGUGACGCCCAGGCGAAAACCUGUGCCUUGGAGCCCAUCGUGAAGAAGCUGUCGGGGUACCUCACUACGCUGGAGCUCGAGACCGGUUUCAUCUCAAAUGAGGAGAGCAAGCAGAAGUUGGUUCCAAUCAUGUCCACGCUGUUGGAGGACCUCAAUGCCAAAGGCGCUUGUACCUUGCCAAUUGACGAGUCCAACACCAUUCACUUGAAGCUAAUAGAGCAGCGAAAGGAUCCUCAGAUAGUGCAAGAAUAUGAUGUGCCGGUGUUUACUGAGAGCAAGGACCAUUUCAUUAAGUCCCAGUGGGAUCUGACCACACAGCAGAUCUUUCCCUACAUCGAUGGUUUCAGACAUAUACAGAAGAUUUCUGCUGAAGCAGAUGUGGAGCUGAACCUUGUUCGCAUCGCUGUGCAGAAUUUGCUGUAUUAUGGAGUAGUGACUUUGGUCUCAAUUUUUCAGUAUUCGAAUGUGUACUGCACAACCCCCAAAAUCCAGAAUCUUAUCGAUGACAAGCCCAUUCAGGAACAGUGUCUUGCCUACGUCACAAAGCCUGGACAGAAGCGAGCCAGUCUGCGGGAUGUGUUUCAGCUGUACUGCGGUUUGAGUCCAGGCACCACAGUGCGCGACCUUUGCUCCCGCUAUGCACAGCAACUCCAGAGAGUUGAUGAGAGGAAACUGGUGCAGUUUGGACUGAUGAAGGGCCUCAUUCGAAGACUACAGAAGUACCCAGUGAAGGUUGUUCGAGACGAGAGGAGCCGCCCUCCACGUCUCUACACUGGCUGCCACAGCUAUGAUGAGAUCUGCUGUAAAACAGGCAUGAGCUACAAAGAACUUGACGAGCGCCUGGAGAAUGAUCCUAACAUCAUCGUUUGUUGGAAAUGACACUUCUGCUGUUUGUAGCCCUGACAACGUGCCAUAACAGCUGCUGCCUUGUCC